AUCUUUGUGUUUUUCAAUCUAUCUAUGCGCUUUUUGACAUUUCCCUGUUUUCUUACAAUGCAUUCUCUCUCUUCCUUCUUUCUCCCUCCUCGUCAAAUCUAGAUAUCAGGGUUUCUGAUCUACUAUCAAGUACUCAUUUUCUAAAUUAUUCAGCUUGUUUUUAAGUUGGUGAAUUUGUGAUCCGAAGCAAUGGCUUGGUUUAGAGCUGGAUCUUCUGUGGCAAAGCUUGCUGUUAGGAGGGCAGUAGCUCAGGGACGGUCUUAUGUAACCAGAACACGAGUCACUGAUUCACAAACCCGAAUUACUGUUAAUUCACUUCACCGUUCUUUUCAUAGCACAAUUGUUAAACCAAAAGCUGCUCCUGUUCCGCGCCCUGUACCACUUUCACGGCUCACCGAUAGUUUCCUUGAUGGGACAAGUAGUGUGUAUCUAGAGGAGCUACAAAGAGCUUGGGAAGCUGAUCCUAACAGUGUUGAUGAGUCGUGGGACAAUUUCUUCAGGAACUUUGUUGGCCAAGCAGCUACAUCUCCAGGUAUAUCAGGACAGACUAUUCAAGAGAGUAUGCGUCUGCUUCUGCUUGUGAGGGCUUACCAAGUUAAUGGUCACUUCAAGGCCAAGUUGGACCCAUUGAACCUGGAAGAAAGGCCAAUUCCUGAUGACUUGAACCUGGACGUUUAUGGGUUUAGUGAAGCUGAUCUGGAUCGUGAAUUCUUUCUUGGAGUGUGGAGGAUGGCUGGUUUUUUGUCAGAGAAUCGCCCUGUUCAGACUCUUAGAAACAUCCUUAAUCGUCUUGAGCAGGCAUACUGUGGGAGUAUCGGUUAUGAGUAUAUGCAUAUACCUGAUCGUGACAAGUGUAACUGGUUGAGAGAUAGAAUUGAGACCCCUACACCAAUGGAAUAUAACAAGGAAAGGCGUCAUGUGAUGCUUGACAGGCUUAUAUGGAGUACCCAGUUUGAGAGUUUCUUGGCAACAAAGUGGACUACAGCUAAAAGAUUUGGUCUUGAAGGCUGUGAAACUCUUAUUCCUGGCAUGAAGGAGAUGUUUGAUCGAUCUGCAGAUCUUGGGGUUGAGAGUAUAGUAAUUGGAAUGUCUCACAGGGGUAGGUUAAAUGUGCUGGGAAAUGUCGUUAGAAAACCCCUUCGACAAAUAUUUAGUGAAUUCAGUGGCGGCACAAAACCUACAGAUGAGGUAGGACUUUACACAGGAACUGGAGAUGUCAAGUAUCAUUUAGGUACUUCUUAUGAUAGGCCUACUAGAGGUGGGAAGCGGAUUCAUCUGUCAUUGGUUGCCAAUCCUAGUCACUUAGAAGCUGUGGAUCCAGUUGUGGUUGGGAAGACAAGAGCUAAACAGUACUAUUCUAAUGAUGCGGACAGGACAAAAAAUAUGGCAAUUUUGAUCCAUGGUGAUGGUAGUUUUGCUGGACAGGGUGUGGUCUACGAGACACUCCAUCUUAGUGCUCUUCCAAAUUACACUACUGGUGGUACAAUACAUAUUGUGGUGAACAAUCAAGUUGCCUUUACAACUGAUCCAAGGUCAGGAAGAUCUUCGCAGUAUUGCACUGAUGUUGCCAAAGCUCUAAAUGCCCCCAUCUUUCAUGUUAAUGGGGAUGAUUUGGAAGCUGUUGUUCAUGUUUGUGAGCUUGCAGCGGAGUGGCGUCAGACCUUCCACUCAGAUGUUGUGGUUGACAUAGUUUGCUAUCGUAGAUUCGGUCACAACGAGAUUGAUGAGCCUUCUUUCACACAACCAAAAAUGUACAAGGUCAUUCGAAAUCAUCCUUCUGCGCUUGAUAUCUACAAGAAGAAAGUUCUUGAAACCGGAGAAAUGGCAAAGGAAGAAGUUGAUCAGAUCCAGAAAAAGGUUAUGACAAUUCUCAAUGAGGAGUUCGAUGCAAGCAAGGCUUAUAUUCCUCAAAGGAGAGAUUGGCUUUCAGCUUAUUGGCUAGGUUUUAAGUCUCCUGAACAACUUUCUAGAAUCCGUAACACUGGGGUUAAACCAGAGAUCCUGAAGAAUGUUGGGAAAGCUAUCACCACACUUCCUGAGACCUUUAAGCCACACAAAGCUGUGAAAAGGAUUUAUGAGAACCGUGCUCAAAUGAUUGAGACGGGGGAGGGCAUCGAUUGGGCAGUUGGUGAAGCACUAGCUUUUGCCACUUUGCUAGUUGAAGGCAAUCAUGUUCGAUUGAGUGGUCAGGAUGUUGAGAGGGGUACAUUUAGCCAUAGGCAUUCUGUAAUCCAUGAUCAGGAAACUGGUGAAAAAUACUGUCCUUUGGACCAUGUCAUGAUAAAUCAAAAUGAAGAAAUGUUUACAGUUAGUAACAGCUCUCUUUCAGAGUUUGGUGUUCUUGGAUUUGAAUUGGGUUAUUCCAUGGAGAAUCCUAAUUCAUUGGUCCUGUGGGAAGCUCAGUUUGGUGACUUUUCUAAUGGGGCACAAGUUAUUUUUGAUCAGUUUUUGAGUAGUGGGGAAGCAAAGUGGUUGCGACAAACCGGUCUUGUUGUGCUGCUUCCUCAUGGAUAUGAUGGCCAGGGACCUGAACAUUCAAGUGCGCGAUUGGAACGUUUCUUACAGAUGAGUGAUGACAACCCCUAUGUCAUACCUGAGAUGGAACCCACCUUACGGAAGCAGAUUCAGGAAUGCAAUUGGCAGGUUGUCAAUGUAACAACCCCUGCCAAUUAUUUCCAUGUGUUGCGUCGCCAGAUACACAGGGAAUUCCGCAAGCCUCUAAUUGUCAUGUCACCUAAGAACUUACUUCGUCACAAAGAUUGUAAAUCAAACCUUUCUGAAUUCGAUGAUGUUAAGGGUCAUCCCGGUUUUGAUAAACAAGGAACCAGAUUCAAGCGUCUCAUAAAAGAUCAGAAUAUGCACUCAGAUCUGGAGGAGGGUAUUAGACGCUUGGUUUUGUGCUCUGGAAAAGUUUACUACGAGCUUGAUGAACAAAGGAGAAAAGUAGAGGGCAGUGAUGUUGCCAUUUGUAGAGUGGAGCAACUCUGCCCCUUCCCAUAUGACCUUGUCCAACGAGAAUUGAAGCGGUAUCCAAAUGCUGAGAUUGUCUGGUGCCAGGAAGAACCGAUGAACAUGGGUGCUUACAGUUACAUUGCACCCCGUCUUUGUACUGCAAUGAAAUCUGUAAACAGGGGAUCUAUUGAUGACAUUAAGUACGUUGGUCGUCCUCCAUCUGCUGCAACUGCAACUGGUUUUAUUUCUGUUCAUGUCAAAGAACAAACCGAGCUCGUAGAGAAGGCAUUACAGCCUGAGCCUAUCCAAUUCCCAUGAAUUGAAGCUUCUACUUGAUUUUUGAUAAACAAAACUAAUUUUCGAGUAAAAGAGAGAACAUUGUAUGCUCUCUGCAAAACUUCUUUUCAGCGGUAAAAUAAUUAUAAGAUACUCAUUGGAUUUUGAAAUUAGAUUUUAAAACAGAAAAUUUGUACUCACAAAUAAGUUACAAGUCAAUUGAUGUAUAUUAUUUUUUUGA